CCAAGAUGGCUCCGUUUCCAGAACUCACCGAAAAUGAAAAGAAACUUCUCGAAAGUAUCAAUGCAGGGAAGCUUGAUGCUGUCAAGAGGCUCCUUGGUGAACCAGGGGUGAAAAUAGAUUGUCUUGAUGGGAGUGGUAUGACUCCCCUCCAGCAUGCUGCUUACCGGGGGAAAUUUGACAUCUGUGAACUCCUGCUUGCCCAUGGGGCUGAUGUCAACUCGCUCUUCCAUGACCAAGGUUACACUACCCUUAUGUUUGCUGCCAUAUCAGGUCACCAGCGAGUUGUAAAGCUACUGCUAGACAAUGGAGCAAGGACCGGACUCGUCAAUAAAGUUGGACGUACCGCGUCCCAGAUGGCUGCUUUUGUUGGGCAGCAUCACUGUGUCUCGCUUAUCAAUAACUUCUUCUCUCGGGAGGACGUCGAUUACUACACCAUUCCACAUGGUUUGGAGAAGGAAGCCAAAUUACCUGCCUCGCUUGCUUCCCCAUUACACAAUAUGAUCCUGAUGACCAAUCUGAAUCCAGUUGGAAUUACCAUGUACCUCCAAGAGCAUGGUGUGUUGCUGCAAGAUGCCAAGAAGGUGUGUAAAGUCCUUGAACUCAUCUGUGAGAAGGGUAUGAAGACGGAAGGGGACACAAAUGACUUCAUCUCAAUAAAGAUGCAUUAUAUGGCUCAUAUUCUCCGACAGUGUGAGAAAACAUUCGAGAGCAAAAGGUCACUCGACCCCUGGAUUAAAAGUUUGAUCAAAGGACGCGAUAGUGAUGGAUUCCCUGAAACACAAGAGAUGUUUAUCCGUGAUUGCAUAAAGAAGUAUCCAUAUCCAGAGUCGUGUAUUUUGCAACAUAUGGCAAAACAGAUCGCCCCAGUCAAAGUGGGUGGUUCCCCCACUGCUCUGAACGUACUUGAAGCGAGCGUUAACGGACCCCACAUGGCAUCGGAGGAAGACAAACUGUGUACAACCUGUGGUAAAAGAAAAGCUGAGAAGAAAUGUUCCAAGUGUAAAAUGGUUAAUUACUGUAACCAGAACUGCCAAAAGUUACACUGGGGCACACACAAGAAGCAGUGUGAUUAUCUAGCCGUCCAGUUUGAGAAGCUAGAAGUUGAAAGAAAAGCGAUGGAAGAAGAGGACAAACGGAAGAGGGAAGAGAAGGCGGAACAGGAGAGAAAGCGGGCUGAAGAGCAUAAAAAAGCUUUAGAAGAAGCAGAAGCAGCUGGCACUCUCGAAACAUUUAACGAGGCUGAUGAUAAGAACGAAUUGUGCAACCCUGAAAAGUGCAUUGAAAAUCCUGAGGCAGUUGGUACUUCUGGAGACGUAGGGGCCGACAUGAACCUAGUGCAUAAACCUGGAGCAGACUCAGCAAGCUCCAUGGCAAUGCAAGCUGAGGUAGAGUCUGGGGUGUCGGAUCUCUUAAAAAACCUCAAGACUGGACUCCAGUGAACUUUCAAGCUCAUAUGAUACUUGUAUUACUAUGAAGAUUGGGAAAAGUUCUGCAACUACUUCCUCGCAAAAAACAGUUCAAAUGCCCACAAGAAGACUUCAUUCAAUUAUUAACCAGUAGUUCCACCCUGUUGAGUCGAUAGUCUGUCCGUAGAUCUGAGAUGCUUCCCCAUGUCAGACCCAACUGCUUAAAACUGCCAUUCAUAAGUAAAUAAAGGAAAGGGUUGCUGGCACUAUGGAAGGUCGGUUUAAACUGGCUGUUCCUAAAUUAUACAUUUUUUGUCGCCUUCUGGAAGGAGAAUGUCACCAGCAUCCUUGGCCAGAAUACAUGUACAUGUUCAAUUCUCUUGCUCUUCCAAACAUACUGAUUUCCAAAGAAAUAUUCCAAACUUGCAUACUCUUAAAAGUGAGGCUGGACCUAAUGUGCAUCGAAUGACUGUUAGACUAUUUAUUGUUUAUUUGUUGAUGAAAGUGCUAAUCUGAAUUGCAAAGCUGGGGCUGAAACCUCUUUGCAGCACAAACUUCAUGUAUACUCCUUCAAGGACUUCGAUUCGAGACCACAGUCGGCAGAAGUUUGAACAAACGUCUUCAGUUACUUAUGCGCAUGUAUAACUGGAUACAAAAUCUGAACUUCUGCCAGUGGUGACGCUGAGUCCAAGUCCUCAAUGGAUUAUUAUGUUGGUCAUCAGUGUAUGUUGUAAAAACUUAUGUUUUGUCUAGAAAUAUUUGCUUACUGUCCCUUUAACACCUUCAGCGCCGAACCACGUCGAUCUACGUGGCCCAAAUCCCCCCUCUUUGAGCUGGUUAUCGGAGUCUCAUGGACUUCAUGUAAGAACUACGCUAACGCCAUCUUCAGGACAAGGUGGGAACUGAAGACACAAACGGUCUUUUCAGUUCCUACCGUGUCCUGAAGAUGGCGAUGGCGUAGUUCAGAACUUUAAAUGACUUCAUGAAAGAACUACGCCAUCUUCAGGGCAAGGCAGGAACUGAAGACCAUUGCUUGUCUUUUCAGUUCCCACCUUGCCCGGAAGAUGGCGAUGGCGUAGUUCUUUCAUGAAGUCCAUGAGACUCCGAUAACCAGCUCAAGGGGAGGGGGAUUUGGGCCACGUAGAUCUACGUGGUUCGGCGCUGUUCUGUUUAUGUAAUGAACACAGCUUGUUAAAUUGGGAUUGUCUGAUCCAAUCUAUGCUUAAUAACAAUCAUAUGGGUUUGGGGAACAUUUGGGUGCAACAGAAAUUGUGUUACAACUAGCUACAUGUCAUCAAAGAGAAUGGGUCAACUUCACAAAACUAAAAAUGGUUUCUUCAUGCCUAAUUUGAUCCUUUUCGACAGUCACAGUUACCCCACAGCAGAGAUAUAUGUUUGUUAAUGUGCAUGCUCACUCACUACCACUUGCCUCAUGAGAGAUGUUUAUGUUUGAAUGUUGAGAGAUGUCCACCUGUCUUUAUAUGUGAUGGUUCAAACUAAUAAAGAUAUUAUUGGAUGUUUAUAA